AACAAAUUUAAAUUUUUAUUCAUUUUUUUCAGAAAAGUGAAACAGAUCUCUCCUAUAUUAUUAAAUAACCGAAUAAGAACAAAAAAAGGGGAAAAUAUUUAAUUACAGAUGCAGGAAGGGAUUUGCUUAGUGCUAUGUUUCGUGGUGAGAAGAAGCCUGAGAACACCGUCGGAUAUGUGGGCGAAGACGGCGGAGAUUUCGCAGCAUUUGCAGGCGAGCCCUGUAGUGGAGCCGUAGUUCCGAGGAGAUGAGUCGUGUUCGUGCUCCAUUGGUGCGUCGGCGCAGAUCAACCAUAACCCUCACGCCUUUUUCCGGAACACCGGGAAAGUCCAUGCGAAUAUCCGGCGUGGCCCAACAAGCCCGUGACGGAGAGGAAGAAUCGGAGGCAAUGUUGAAGGAGGAAGCUGUUGCUGAUGAACAACAUGAUGAUGAUGACAACAAUGAAGAAGGUCCAUUGUUUCUAUUCGAGGUCGUUGCGAAUUGCGGCUCGGUGGUUGCUUUACUCGAGUUUUCUUCCCCUACUAACAUGAAUUUGACUCUUGCGGUUCCGCGGUUACCAUUGCCGUUGUUGCUACUACUGCUCAGGUCGUCGCCAGUGGCGGAUCCAUAU